ACGCUAUUGCUCCUACUAUGGCCAACGGUUGAGGCGCAAGGCGGGGGCCGAUGGGGGCGCCAUCCUCGUUGGCAACAAAUGUAGCCGUCUUGGAGUUGGAAGGCCCGUUGCCACCACCUACUUGGCUACCCUGGCAAGACAACUCAGCCGAGUGAUGAUGAUGAGACCAGCGCCAUGCAUGGCCGCAACAAGCAAUCACCGAGCACGCGCGCAUGAAGUCUCGCCCCUCCGAGUCCGGAUGGCGGUAAGCCGCCUCGUAGGCCCCCCGGGGGGACGACCGUCCGGACCGAGCGCCCGCGACAAGGGGGCGCAGGACAGGCCGGAAUGCGGAGCUCGCGCCGCAUCGCGAGUGCAACAAUUGUGGACAAAACGGGGCGGGGAGAGGGCUCGAACGCUCACGAGAGGGAAAUGCAUGUGGGCCUGCCAGCGCAGCAGCAGCAGUGGUGAGGAGUCGUGGGAGCGAGAAUCACGAGCGGUCAGUUACGAGAGAGGGGAGUGCGAGGACAAAAAGCAAGCGAACAUGCGGAUCGCGAUCAGCCCAUCAUCAGUCAGCGCUCCGGGGUUUCUGGAAGCUCUCGUUCCCCCUAUUGAUCGCCAGACCGGCAAGGGGAGCGGGCGCGGGCAAUCUAGGGGCCGUGGGUGUAUCGCGGAUUGAUUGCGCGGUUUAGCGGGUCGACGGGUUUCACGCUGGCCGGAGAUGAGGUGCCGUGAAGCUUCGAGAAGGAAGGUGUUUUGGCUGAAUGAUGCGAUGACUCUUUGUACAGGACUCGAGUACAUGCAGGGAACAAGACUAGAGUACGGGACACGAGGUGCU